AUGUCAAUUACUUCUGUUGGUUCUAUAUACGUCCCGAAUGAUUCCCGGACUCAGGAAAUCUGUCUAAAUAGAUGUAAACAUCUUCCUCAUCGCAGACCUACCCGUACAACGAUGCCAGUUCCUUGGGAGGCCCUCAUUCCUUUCGGCCUUGUGACAUUUUUCUUCGGUGUCAGUGGAACAUUGUUGAACGUGUCCACGCGCGCUCAGAACUUGGGCAAGCCUCUUCGAUACAACAUUGACAACUGGGAUGAAAUGAUGAUGCGGAGGGAUGACCAAUUGACUGGGCAUAGGCGGGGGCAACGGGUUCGUCCACACACCUCAUUUCAGCGGGGACUCUAAUAAACUUUCUGAUGUUUUCGAUGUCAGGACGACCCCGUACCACCAUCGGGAUACGAGACAAGUAGUGUCUGGGCCACUCAGCAAACUAGAUAACAUAUAACAACGUCACUCGUGAAAUUCACUUGUAGAACUCUUGCACUGGUAAAAAUAAUUACUACUUCCUACCGACGGCCCCUUCACGUUGAUGAAUAAAUAACAUGCGGAAGUCGCACUGCUUCUGUCAA